GAAAAACUAUAAUUUUAAGGACGACAUGGAUAAUGAAAAGAAAACUAUGAGUUUUAAAUAUAAAGUUAUUUACACCAUUAUUAAUAACUACAUACAUUUGUUAUUUGGUCUCACCCUAUCGAGUAUGUCACCGGCAUUCGUGGACUACCGGUUGUUAUUGCAUACGGAAAUGGAGUGGAUCGGACUGUUUCCCAUGUUUCAGUCCAUUGGCGUAUUCGCUGGAUCAUUUAUUACCAUAUCAUUCAAAUACGUGAACCGACAGAUCGUACUCUCAAUACUAAUCAUAUUGCAAGGGUUCGGCACUAUAUUCCAGCCGUGGGCCACUCAGUUAUGGCACCUGUAUGCGUGCAUAUUUAUUUACGGUAUAGGUAUCGGUGCCUGGAAUGGGGCUAAUAAUGUCAUACUGAUCGAGAUGUGGCAAAAUAAGAGUCCCUCUAUACUACAGUUCUCGCAGUUUAUAUACGGUGUGGGCACUGUAUUGGGCCCAUUGCUCGAUCAAAACUUUGUGCUAGGUGAACAAAUAUGUCCAGGUGUGUUUGAGCAUGAUUGCCUCGGUGAGUCCCAUAUAUCAAAGCCAUUAUUGGAGUCGCUUACUAGUGUGGCUAACAGUAGUAUAUUGAAUGGCACCGACCCCUGCACUCCCGAAUGUCUGGCCUAUGAUCGGAGGCCUAGGCUUAAGAUACCGCUAAUGAUUGGCGGAUUGCUGCAAAUGAUUGGUCCCGGUGCGAUGUUAGUGAUGUAUGUGCUCCAUAAGUACCACUUCGUUCACGACAACAAAAUCGAAGUGGCGGUCACUGAAGAGCAGAAGGCCCGGCACCGGCAGUACGUGCCCACCAAAACCAUAGUCGUCUGCAUCUCCCUAUACCUGGCCUUUGGCAUCAUGUCUGAG